GCAGCGCACUGUGAGUGAGAAAAGAGCAAAAACUGUACACAAAAUCAUAUGGCGGCUCUCAAAAAAUGGUUUUAAUUAUCCACCCUUCCUUGUCACCGUUGACAUUCUGAACCAUUCUUUAGAAUAGGAGAAUUCGCAAUGUUCACCGCUAUGGAAUAUUUUACAGACCUUUAUUAUUCAUUACUCGAGUGUGAGGUCCACUGGAUUCAUCAGCUGCAGCACAAAUUUCCUACUGGGGACCACUUUUUCCAGUCAAUCACAGAAACUGCAAACCCGUAUUACGCAUUUUCCAUCUUCUUCCCCGUCUUUUCCGUUCUUAGUCCACAACUGGCCUCAAAAAUUCUGAUGACAGCAACUCUCUCAGAGUGGAUCAAUGCUCUUCUCAAAUGGUUGCUGAUGGGUCACCGUCCUUUUUGGUGGGUGAAAGAAAUUCUGGAGGAAAGCCAACCGCUGAGCGCACCAAAACUGCGCCAGACACCCUUGACUUGUGAAACAGGGCCUGGAAACCCAUCAGGACAUGUCAUGUCCUAUGCGUCAAUCUGUCUCAUUCUUGUCUUUGCCAUCAACAGACUUUCAAAGCAGAAGCUGUCCCUCGCACUGCACCAAAUCCUAGCGGCAGCCAUUUGGGGGUUUUUCGCUUUGUCUCUGGUGAUGGUCAGCCUUUCACGCCUCUACGUAGCAGCACAUUUUCCACACCAGUGUGUAUUGGGAGCAGUCAUCGGAAUUUUCAUUGGCUACCAAGUGGAAGUGUUGUCUCCGUGGUGGUUGACGGAUUGUUCAAGAAAGAAGCUGCUCAAAGGAGCAGCGAUGAUGAUCGUGUUGGCGUUCGCGGCCUACUGGAUGCAGCGGCUGCUAGGAGUCAACCCCCAGUGGUCGGUCAAGCUUGCUUUUAAGUGGUGCAACUCACCUGACCAUGUCCACGUCUCCACAACGCCGAUUUUCGCUCUCACCCGCGACUGCGGUGCUGCUCUUGGACUCGCUCUCUCCAUCCCUGCUAUUCCAUCUGAGAGGAAGGCCCGUUCAAAGUCGGACGUGGUGACUUCAUUUGUCUUGCAUGUGUCCCUAGUGUUGGCUGUUUUGUGGGUGUCUCACAUCGGCAAACAGUCUAUCCCAACCAAGCACACGUACGUCUACUUCUUGUGCUUCUUAUUGCUCAAUGCAUGCACGCCGGUCAUGCUACUAGUCACGGUUCCAUCCAUCUGCAAUGUCGUUAUGAACUCGCUGUUUGGCAAAGCCAAAAACAAAAAGGAAUGAAGGCAUGGAACAUUAUUUUAGUUUUCAAUUAUAUUUUAUUUUUUUCUGCGUGAAUUCGUGCAAAAUUAAAGCGGCCAAGGUUAAUUCAUGUCUUUUGACAAUCAUUGAAUUUUUCCAACCACGCCUCUUCCUUUGCACAUUGUUCAAACUUUAAGAGAUGAAGUUGUUGCAGCUUUCACUCGGCUGCCGAGGAGAGAGAGAGAGAGAGAGAGAGAGAGAGAGAGAGAGAGAGAGAGAGAGAAAAGGGAGAAAUAUUAGUUACCGAAAAUGCCUACAAAUGACAAAUUAGUUAAAUUGAAUGCGAAUGUUGAGCCUAUUCUACAAAUUAAUAAUAAAUAAUGGGUCCAAAUCUCGGAACAAUAUUUUCAUAGUUCUCAGGAUAAAACCAGUUUGACCGCGCCUAAUUCUUAAACUCGAUUAAUUGGCAAGUUAGGGAUUUCGUUUCAUUCUCGCUGGGUUUUGUUGUCAGGGGUUUACCUGACGAGAUCGCGAUCGUGUUUAAGAAAAGUGGGUUUAGUGAUGUGAAAGUAUCAAUCCACCCCGCGAUCGUAAUCUCGUCAGGUAAAACCCUGACAGUUGUUUAGUAAAUUUUAACAUAUUUUAACAGAGCAUAUCUAUAAUAAUUACAAUUUAACAUCGUUUUGCUGAGAAGACUCUUAUCGUUCGUGAACUCUCUCUUUCUCUCUCUGCUAUUAUUGACAGAAAAAUUCAUGUCGAAGUAGAUUCCUCACGCUUUUUAUCCAGCGCGAUGUCUAAUAUCAAUAAAUGUGUAUAAUGUAUGCCUUAAAGUUAGCUUAGAGAGCACCGCUCGUGUGAAAUUUGGUUGCUACUACCUGCAAUGCCUUUGAACUUGCUUAAAACGAGUUGUGAUACCAAUACAAACGCCUUACUUGCACUCGCACUUUCGUUCUAUUCGCGAUUUCAGUGCAAUUUUUUAUCCAAAGGCUUCUAAUUGUAAUGUAACGUGUACCUUUGUCAUAUCAAAACAAUGACUGUUGAUUUAAAGCCAUUUGACAAUAUUCUGUGCAAAGACGCAUAAACAUUAAACAUGUUUGUUAUUCAAGAAAAGCUACGCUUUUUUACUUAUUAUGUUCUACAAUCUAAUAUGCUGGACAAAUUGAUGUGCUUUAUUAAUUGCACAAAAUGUGUUGCCUGAUGCCUAAGUAAAGAUAAUCGUUAGUACUUGACUAAAACUAAUUUCAAAUGAUAUUCGGAUAUUUAUUAACUGAUUUUUACAUGUUGUUAAAAGCACGAAUAGCUAUAAAAUAAUAUAUUAUAUGUGUCUCAAUCUCUAGUUAGCUUUGUCUGUUCUCGUUGUGAUUUAAGAUUCCAAAGAUUCUUUUCACUGGGUUUGUUCUCAAUCACGAAUUAUGUGAAAGAUGUCAAUAAAAUUAAAUGCAGAAAA